AUGCAGAAUUAAAAGGAGGGAAUGGUAAAUGUUGUGUACUGUAGGCCAGCCCACCCGGAGAGCCGGCCGAGAAUCGAACCCGAGCCCGCUGCAGAAUCUCGCGAUAAAUCCACACGGUGCACCUGAUGAAAUGGACCCGAGCUGAUGCCCAGAAGCCCCGGACGGCCCCCGCUUGGUCCUGCUGGUCACAGGUAGAGAGAGAUGGCAGCGUGCCCGGAUGUGCCCGCCAUACCUGGAGUCGUGGUCGGGAGUGUUUUACUGCUGGUGCUGAGCAGUAAUCCUGUGUGGGGGAAUUCUACCACUAUUGCACCGAACACCCACACUAACGCCACUAAUGACGCUAAUGGAGUCAACAUUGCGGCUAUCGUCGCCCCCACCGUCAUCUUUGGUGUUGUGGCCGUCGUCGCGGCCGUCCUCGUGAAGAAGAAGAGGCAGACUGAAGGGACGUAUAGACCCAGUGCCGAGGAGCAGUCCGAUGCCAGCAGCAUGGUGGCACCAGAUGUGCUGAAGCUACUAAAGGAGGAAAGACUCAUUUGAGAACUCCUGAAACAGUUCCUGAGAGCACCAGGAUCGAUGGAUCCAAAGGAUUUUAAAAACAAGUGAACAUUACAAGGAGGUUUUCGACGUUUCCUCUGCACAAAUGAAACAAGAGCUUCAGUAUAAAUUUUUUUUUUUUUUUUACCACUAAUAGUUUUAGUUUAGAGAUGUUUUCCAUUCAGUUGCCUUAAAAUACAACUCACCUGUACUUGAUUUAAAUUGAGACAGAUGUUUUAUUUUAUUAUUCUAAUAAUGGCUGGUCACCACACUGCAAAAACUCUUGAUUUUUACAAAGACUGGUGUUGAAAAAUUAAGUUCUACUGAGAGAUCACAUUGAGCACAAGCAAGUGAUUGUUUACACUUUUCUACUGUUCCUCGAGUAAUCAAACUUCAUGUCCCUGUUCUGAUUCAUGUGUUCUUCAAAUUACUUGAUGUUACAAUUCAAUCCCAGUGAAAAUAUAAAUACAAGAAUCACUAGGAAACACUAAAGCCAAAUAAUAAUUUAGUUUGUUCGUAUUCUCAGAGUUUCCAGAAUGAAUAUAACUCAUCAAAAUGUGUUCAGCCAGUGGUGGAUGUUGGUGGAAGGUCUCCACAUUCUGAGCUUCAUCCUGAAUUCAUACAGGCGGGAUUUAUAAAAAGAAAAACAACAAAACAUAGUUUUCUCAUCCCGACCACACGCUGGAUCGCCAGCUGCUGACUCAGAGUUCCAGAUAAAGAAGAUAUUGCGAGACAUCUCACUGAUAAGAUGACACGUCUCCUCUCCAAAGAGCUCAGAAAAAAGGUGGAGCUUCAUCUCAGAUUGUGUUUUUUUUGCUGGAAGUCUGUGUGAAACUACUCAGAAUAAUGUCCUCUCCCACCUCAGUUAUUCCCAGCUGUGCAAUGUUUCAUUUACUUUACAGUAAGUUUCCUGUGUGUCUUUUCACUGGGAGGGAAAUCAUGGUAUGUAUUGCUUUUAUAUUUAAUACUCCCCAAUAUUGAUCCCCAAUCCAUGCUUCAGUGUGGAUAUUUGAUAUUGGUGCACGUUUUAUUAUUGCUCUUAAUGUGAAAAGAACAAUUUUAUAUUCUGGUGCUCUA